AUGCCGUCGUCUGGGAAAAGUCGGCCGAUUAAGCCGGUCGAAGAGGGGCAACCAUCCAAAGCCUCGACCACGCGAAAACGGCAGUCCAGUGCUCGAAUAUCAGCAGCAUGUGAGGCAUGCAAGAAGCGCAAAACAAAAUGUACUGGAGGACCUCCUCCUUGCCAACUUUGCCAAUCACUUGGAACCGAAUGUGUGAUAGACCUGACGCUUGAUAUGCGGCGGCGCGCAGCUCUUCAACGGACAGUCGACGAGUCCAAGUCAUUCCAGGAAACCCUGGACAAAUUGAUCGAUUGCAUCCGCGACGAAUCAUCACUCCGAUUCGAAACUCUUCUUGAAUAUGUUCGAAGUGGAGCAUCCAAUCAAGAUGUCAUCGAUGCAGUGCAACAUUGGCCUGGAAAUCUCGAAGAUGACAGCGACAACAUGUCAAUCUUGCACAAUAGUACACAGGAAAUGCCGUCACCGCCGAGUGAACCGGUAGAUGGCUCAAGCGGAGUGCAAAGCCAGACCGCUAGAGAUGUAUUCCCUGACGGCAGUGAAAAUCAUGUGAGCGAACAAGAUGUUUCGGGUAGUGGAGGUUCCUCCUGGUUUGGAAAAAGCCAGGGGUUGGAGUCAGCAGGAGAGAUAUCAGCUCUCGUAUCCAAGCUAAAGGUCUUGCCCCAAUCCGAUGGUGAGCAGCUACUUCACCAAGUCUUGGCAUCAAACGAUGGCAGAGCCCACUAUGAUGCCGGCUAUGCUGCUGCGCAGUAUUCACUUGAUGGCUUUGGUCGAGGUGUGGUUGCUGCGUCAAAUGCGGAGCGCUCAAUAUGGCACCCCGCCUUACAUGUCCGUUCAGAGUCGGCCUGGUCUCUAGAACAACAACAGAACGCACACAAUGGUCCUUUUCAACGACGCUCUGUCGUUGGCAGCACAGAUUUCUUGUCCUGGGCCAGUUCCUCGGGAUUCCAAUCACCAGCAUCUCACACUGGACCUCUUCCAUCACUGAAGGCAUCGCACCCGUGGCCACCAUCUUUACAAUCUCCUAUCACACCCUAUGUUGACUUUACUGGCAUACCACCGUCGAAACCUCCAGUGGCCUACGUCUGGGACUUGAGUGUCGCCCAGGAAGCUCAAAUGACCAGACUUAGGAUACCGAUUCAUCUCGUUCUUCCAUUAAUUAUUCCCGAUGAUUCACUGCUCAGUAAUAUGUAUAGCAAUUACGUCGAGGGCGCAAGACACAUGCUAGCGACAGGACACACCCCCUCGGAGGUCCUGGGAACUGGCGGCGACUUCUCUUUGGAAUUGUUCUUCCGGGCCCGUGCUGAGACCGAUAAGUUCGACUGCGCUUCUUGGGCAUGUGAAGUUUGUCGAGCUCUUGCAGUAUUGGAUGAUUCUGUACGUAUUGCGACGGCAUACUUGCUCACAUGCAUGAUGCGGUGGCUAUUAGCGCCCACGCAAGAGAAUUAUGCAAAACUGCCAGACAUCAUGAAGCCGACACCUUCUCAACGGAUGAUUCCUCAUAUUGGCGCAAUUGAAAUGCUGCCCUUGGGUCCUCUACGAGAUGCCCUAAUAUACCACAUGCGUGACUGGCUAUCAUUUGUCAGAAAGGACACGUGGUCGGUCAACUGGCCAUUCGACCAGAACGCCGCCAUCGAGCAAGAUCCCGUGACGAACACCAGAAAGCUAGCGGCCAAGUUCAUCGAGCAUAUCAGUGACUACGGAAACUGGAGCGUCAGUCGCCAAUUUCUGCACGCUUUUCCCGAACUCACUGGGCGAAUCCGGGUCCACGAUUGA